AUGCAUUCUCACUUGCACACUCCGUAUAACGUCAACUGCGAGGAGAUCAUGACUGCCCUCGACGAAUGCCACGCCAAGGGAUUCCUCCACAAAGCUAUCGGGAGCUGUAACGAUAUCAAGCGCGACGUUAACAAAUGUCUUUCCGGGGAGCGCUACGAGCGCGCAAAGCGCAACCGAGACCAGGCUCGCGGCAACCGCAAGCGUGUCGAAGAGAUCUGGGCAAGGGAGAGAGAGCUUGAGCAGGGUAUGUCGAAUGCCGCUGCUGCCGCCGCAAAUACCACGAAUGCUGGCGCGAAGCAAUAA